AUGCCGGAGUCUAACAUGACCAGUCAUGAUGGCUCAGAAUCAUGCUUCGCUUUCCCUGACCCUCUCAUUGCACUAACCUUCUUCAACAGCGACCUGACGGACUCUGUUCUACCGAGUGAUGAGGGUUUCAUCAGUGACGAUGAUGAUUCUGAUGAUGAAUUCUCCGUCCCUUCGACCUAUUUGACAACAUUCCCUGUUGAGCAGCUUCUUUCACCGCUGCACGAGUCUAGGAGUACCAGCAUGUUGUCGAUGAACUCAGAACUAGAUAUUAGCUCACAGAAUGGUCUAUCUGACAGCAACCCAGAUAUUGACAAGACGAGAACCCCAGUUACAUCUCCCGAUCACGACUUCUUGUCCUCAGGCUCUUCUAGUUCUAACUCUGAAAGCGGCGACGACUCCGAUAUCCUCGCGCCCCCUCGUCGUCGUUCCCAGGAAGGCAAUAGCCCAGAUGAGCCACCCAGAACCUCUACGAUCGUGUCACCAACGCAGAAACUCAACACGGAAACGCCUUGUGAGUCAGAUUCGGAUCUUCCGUCGUAUCAUGUGCACCAACUCGACUGGAAGCAUCCAGUACAUGCUGGUAGGCUCCGCGAGCGUGGUGAACAACAUGACAGGGAGAUCAAAGCACUCUUUUGGGAUACGAACCACAUAUUCAGACCGACGGAUGUUCCUGGGAGCUCUCGGUAUAGAAAAGAGCUGAGGGACUGGCGAAGAUCACGCCGAGAAUAUAUCAUGAACAAACCAACUGCUCAGAAACAAGCACAGGAUCAACGGCAUCUACUGGCGUUGUCAUAUCUUAUUGAGAAAAGAAAGAGAUUCUUUGGUAAGAAACGCUAA